AAUAUAAUAUAAAUAUAUCAACGAUAAAAUUCUAAAAAUACACAACAUAGGGUUCGCAUUUUAAAUCUGGUUACCAUAGCAACCAUUUAAUUUUGAUUACAACAAAUACAUGUCAUUGUGGGACAUAAGCUUCUCAAAAGUUAUUCAAGAAUGGAACGAGAAUUAAGUGGAAGAGCGUCUUCAACACGACCCCCAUCAGGUAUUUCUAUGCCAAGAACAGCUUCCGUGAUGUCAAGACCGUUAACACAACAAGGUUUAACGGGGUUAAAACCAUCAACAGCAGGUGGGCAGCGUAUCUAUAAAGAUAACCGUUUCUAUUUAUCUAAACUUCAAUCUCAAAACACCUCUCUUCGUGAUGAAAUCGCAAGAUUAAAAAAGUUAACCGAUGAGAAUAAAAUGAAAACAUUAAAUUUGGACGAUUUGCAUAAACAAGCUCAAGAAGCGGCUAAAAGAAUCGAGGAAAAACAAGAAUUAUUGUCAGCUUAUAAUAUUGCUUUAGAAAUGCACAUUUCGAAAACGAAAGAGGACGAAAUUUUAGGGGAGAUAGAAAAAAUGAAGCGAGAUAACGAUUUAAAAAUGAAAGAACUCGAUGGGGUCUUAACGAAAAAGAUUCAAAUGCAAGAAAAAAUUGAUCGGAUGGAAAAGGAACAAGUUCGUAAAGAAAAUGCGAUUAAAGAAUUGAUUGAGUUGUUGCCCGAACAACAAAAAGAGGAAUUUUUUGAUCUUCAACGUCAACACGAAAAGGUGCUAAAUGAAAUUCAAGAGUUACAAGAUGAAAUUAAAAAGGAAAAAGACGAAAAUGAUAAAUAUAAAACGAUAAUAUCGGAAUCUCCUGAGCUGCAGGAACGAUUUAAACUAAUUCAAACAAUCCGUAACCUCGAACAUCAAGAAGAAGAGUUACAAAAUUUCUUAUCAAACACUCAAACACCCGCUCAACAAAGAGAAACCCUUCUUCAACAAGUCAAACAAGACAAAGCUGAUAUCGAAACAUUACAAAAAUUAUUGGAGACACUCGAACAAGAAAUCGUUCAAAUGGAAGAAAAAAUUGCUGAAAUCAAUAAAGAACUCGAAAAUAAAGAUAGCGCACGUUUAAAAAAACAUAAAGAACUUCGAGAACGCGAAGCUCAUAUGGACGCUUUCAUUGAAUCUUACGAUGAAAAAGUUUCAACAGCAAAAGAAAAACUUACCCAAGCCAACGAUACGGUUAUUUAUCUUUUGGAUCAAAUGGUUGAGAAUUUGGCCGAAUUCAACAUAGAAGAGUUUGGGAUGACUCAAAUUGAUUCGAACGAUCAAAGCUUGGAAGGUUGGAAUAAAAGAUGCGGAGCCUUUCAGGAACAAAUUGCGAAAUUAACGAGGUUUAGCGAAAAUUUUGAAUCAGAAUCAAACCGUAUCGAAGCUAAAAAAGCUGAAAUGUUGAAAGAAAUUGAGAAAAUGUCUGAUAUUGAAAAGUGUAAAGAAGAAAUGGCGAGGGAAUGUACCCUUUUGGAGGACCAAAAUCAAUUGCUCCAAGCGAAGUUGGAGUCCACGAAAGCGGCUCUUAAUGAAGGGUUAAGACGGAAAGAUGAAAUUGAGAAAAAAUUAGAAGAUAAUCCUACUUAUCAUGAUGUGGUGGAAAUUCAGAAAAAAAUUGAAGAACUUGAAAGCAAAAAGAUGGAAAUUGAAAGUACUAUAGAAGCUGAAAAAAAGGAUACUUCACUUGAAGACGUUAUUAAUGGGGUUAGGGCUUUAAUGAAAGAAAGAAACGAACAGCUCAUUAAUGAAUUAAAAAAUAAGAUAAA